AUGUUCCAGAAACAGCUCCAAUCCACCGCCAUCGCCUCUCCGCAGGAUCUCCGUGACCCCCCGAGCAUCCACCACAAUCCUUCCCAUCGCUCCCACCUCAACUGCUUCGUUCUUGCGGCCUAUGACUCUAUCCCGGAUCCGGUGCUGAUCAUCUACGUUGGCCGUCGUGGAACGGGCCAGCCCUCGGUCCUCCAUGCCAACUCGGCGGCCAUCAAGGCCCUGAGUCUACCCUCGCUCAACGUCCAGCCUACUUCAGCCUCCUCUCGCUCCCGUCGAACGUCCUUGGUUCAUGAGCCGCCAGCUGCCCAACCCCUCGCCGGCCUCGCCAGACCCGCCGGCGAUCAGCACAGCUGGCUUGCCAUAGACACACGCCCGUCGCUGCUUUCAGGCUCGCUUUUGGCCGAUCGCCUGGGCCCCUAUGCCGCCGUGGUCUCGUCCACAUCGUCGUCGUCGUCGUCAUCGCCGUGGCCGCACCUCCAGCUCGAGGACCUGCUGCCAGAUCUUCGCAUCGACGUCCGUCCCGGUGGCAAGUCGCGGGCCCGGACCCUCCGGGUCUUUCCAGAGUCCGGCGUCCUCACGGCGUAUCCCCUCGAUCGCUCGGCUCCCUUCCAGGUCCAUUUUUCAUACGGCGUUCUCCCUCCCGAGGCCCUGGUUUCGUCUCAGUCCUACGGUCCCUCGGGCUCAGAUUCGGGCCUGGUUCCAAGCGGCUCUCCGAAACUCAAGCUGCGGUCCCAGGACUGCCUCGUCCUGACGCUGAAACAAAUCACCGCGAUCUCGUCGCUGCCCUCGCAGUCGUCCAUCCUCAAGUCGCGGUUCCGCAGCGAGUUCAAGGUGCUCUCGGUUAUCGGCAAGGGCGGCUUUGGUGUCGUCUGUCGGGCCCGCAACGUUAUUGACGGCCAAGAGUACGCCAUCAAGCAAGUCAAGCUCAACUGCAGCUGGGUCGAGUUCUCUCUCUCGUCUUCCAUCGAGAGCGACUCGGCAGUACCAACGCCGUCGUCCUCGUGCCGCGGGCAUCGACGCACUCGCUCGGGCCUCUCCGAGUCUGACCACCGGCUGCUGAGGGAAGCCAAGACCCUGGCCGUCCUCUCGAACCACCCAAACGUCAUUCGCUACUAUAACGCUUGGGCCGAGCCGACCGAGGACGAUCUUUUCGAAAACUACCGCAGCCAGCUCGAGGGAUCCAGCACCGGGCGAUCCGAUUCCUUCUCUGAUGACAACGACGAUGACAGCGACGCCGACGACAGCGAUGACGGCGACGAGGAUGACGACAGCACCGAUGGGCCCGCAACGCGAUACAAGAAUCGCCGUGACGACGAUGACGGAUAUGGCGAUGAUUAUGACGACGACGACGACAGCGCCCAUGUUCCGGACGACACAGACUCUCACCAUUUUGACUUUGGCCGCCGUAGCCUCAAGCGCUUGGACGCCGGUCUCCGCUCUCAGGUCGAAGAGGACCCUGACGAUUUUAUCUCGUUCCGAAACGACUCCAAUUCAAGCCUCGCCAGCAUGCACACGGCCCUGACCUCGAACGUGUCCGUAGCGAUGGACCGGCCUCUAUCCACGGUCCCGCAGGCGCCCGGCCAAGCUCCAAGUGCACCGCAAACCAUGCAACGCCGCCACGACGAGUUCUCACCGCACAGCCACCGCCAGCGCUCGCGAUCCAGCCCUGGGCAGCGCACCACGCUGUUCAUCCAAAUGCAGCUGUGUCCAUAUAGCGAUCUCCGCAAAUGGAUCGACAGUCGCAGCGAGGUUGAUUCGCGUGCAGCACUGCUGAUUCUGAAGCAAAUCGUCGAGGGGCUGAUCCACAUCCACUCGCAAGGCGUCAUCCACCGCGACCUCAAGCCCGAAAACAUCUUCAUCCACGACGACCACGUCUUUCUCGGCGACUUUGGUCUGGCCAAGAGCAUCACGGACUACGUUGUGGUCGAGUCGCCCGACAGCAAAGACAGCGCCCUUCCUGCCAGCGGCAACCACGGAACCUACCUCUACAUUGCGCCCGAGAUCCUCAAGUCCCAGGUGUGCACGACCAAAUCCGACAUCUACUCCCUGGGAAUCAUCCUUGUCGAGAUGUUCCACCCGUUCUCCACGGGCAUGGAACGCGCCCGCACCCUCGACCAGCUCAAAUUUCGUGGCGAUCUGCCAUCCCAGAUGCGGGAACAGUUCCCGAUGCAGGCUCAGCUGGCCAUGCGGCUUCUCCAGCCGGAGCCAUCAGAUCGACCGUCGGCCUUGGAGCUGCGCGAUGCGCCAGAGCUCGGUUCGCUUGAAGAAAGCGUCUCGGACGUUAACACCAACGUCGAGAGAAUCGAUCGGUCUUGCAACGGCCCAUCGACUCGCCCGCCGCACUUUGACUUUGACACCGAGUCCGAGUCUCGAUCUUCAGGGCUGUCGCUGGCCUCGCUCGCCUCGCUCGCGACGGAACCGACGGAUGUGCAGGCUUUGGCCUUCCGCAGCUGCACCGAUGAAACAAAGUGCACGGCUCCAUCAAGCGCCAAUGCCGAUGGGUCGUCAGCAUGCCAAUCUGUCCCAAAAGGUGUCUCGAGUCGAGCCGGCCGUCUCUCGGCGUCUCCUGCCUUGACCCGAGUGAGUCUUUCCUCUGGCUGGGAUACCGAGCUCGACGACUCUCUCGGACCCAUACCAUCGGCCGCCAAAAAGGCAUCCUCGGCCAGCCUCACCAAGUCCCGGCCCGUCCUUGACGAAGAAAUGACCUUUUGUUUGGACGAAGAUCUGCCGCCGGCCGACAGCAUUCCCAUCGCCUCUGCCGACAGUGCUGCAAGGUCAUCUGCCGCCAUGGCAACAGCUGCGGUCGGGUAUCGCAGCACCGCAAACAUGCUUGAGCACACGUAUCUCACGCCUGCCCGAGACCGAUCGUCGCUUCGCAGCCCAACCGAGUAUCCGUCGAGCUUGGAUGCCGGUGCGUACCGAGGUGGUCUACGGGCCUGUCAUUCUCUUUCGUAUCUCGAGUCCAAGGGUAGCUCGUGGAAAUGCAGCCUAAACGGUUCGGAUGGGUCUUUGUGGAUGGAUGAGGCUCGGCCAGAUGCACGGCCAGAUGCACGGCCAAGCGAUACGCCGGCCAGGCUCCCAGCCGGGGCUCCGGGGCAGUCAACAUCAGGCAUUUUCUCCUUCUGGAGUCUGUUUCGGGGCACCUCAGCCAGUCCAGCGGACCCACCCAUGGCUCCCGAUGAACUUGGUCCUGCGAGCUAUUCCCCCGGGACGCACAAGAAUCUGCCAACACCGCCGUACGGGUCGCUUCUGUCGCCAGCGGGGCCUCAAGCCAUUGCCGUUCCACCAGCAACUAUACCCGUCGUCUCAAACACACCUCAUCGAUCACGCUCGCUCUCGCUCUCACUCUCGCACUUUAUGCCGUUCUCGAGCAUGGGUGGCCACGCCUCCGGCAUAUUUUCGGCCCGAGCCAAUGCAAGCGUGCUCUCGACUCCCCCUCCGUCAUCACACCCGCAAAUGCCCGGUGGGUAUAAUCCUGUCGCGCUCUCUCCCUCUGCGGCACCGUGCUCCAAGUCGGUUCCCGCGCAGAACCCACACGCCGAGCCAGGCGUGGAGCUGGACGAGCGCGAGAAACGCAUCCGCCAACUCGAGGCCGACGUCCAGCACCUGGUCAAGAAGCUCGAGGUCAUGACCGAACGUAACUGGGAGCUCGAGCAUCAAAUCGAAGCCGUCGUGGCCUCAUCGCUGAGCACCUCGCCCUUUGGCAGCCUCCGCAGCGGUCCCAAGUGA